AUGUUAGGCGAGGGCUGGAAGAAAUUGUCAUAUAGAAAACAGGUGGGAGCAAAAUGGGAUGCAGCUAGAAGUAAUAAGAAGGAUAAUGAAAAUCUGUCAACUUUCUUCUUCACAGAGUUUGAUGAAAAAUGCAAAGCUAAGGAUGUGUAUGAAGUGUUUAUGAAGAUGGGAGAGAUAGAUGAGGUUUUUAUACCGAGUAAGAGAGAUAAAAGAGGAAGGAGGUAUGGUUUUGCGAGGUUCUUCAACGUUAAGGACGAAAGAUUGAUGGCAACCAAACUGGAUAAUAUGUUCUUGGAUGGCAGAAAGUUAUUUGUCAAUAUCCCCAGAUUUAAGAGGAAAGGAAGAACUGAUGAAGAAGGUGGUGACUCAGCUAAGGGUAAAAGACAGGUGGAUCUGGUAAGGAAACAAGAGGAUAAUAACUUGCGUGAGAGUAGGAGAUUUGAGAUGACCGAUGGAAGAUCCUUUGUAGAAGUUAUGGUGGUUUGA